UUUUGACGGGUAACGAAGAAUCCGCAUGGAGAUACCGAGAUUUUAUUGAAGGUGGUAAAAAACGAAAUCAGCUUGCAAAAAAAGUAUCUCCCGGACCUUUUAGCUUAAGCGAAUUUGGUAUGAUUGCUAAAGUUUUGAGAAGCAUGUUUAUACCUGAGAUCGCUGAAUCUAUUGAUCGACAAGAAAAAAUAGUUUCUCCGAAAAAGAGAAAGAGGGUUGAUAGAGGAUUCGAAAACAACUUGAACGAAUUGCCAACAUCAUCAAAAAAAACACCAGAGAAUUCCAUUUUUUACAACUAUUCAAAAGACUUAAAACUUCGGUUUAUAGGUGACGUUUUACUUCCCGAAGUUAUUAUCAGGCUUAUAAUGGAUGAAGAAGAAAUUGAUUAUGAUUCAGCAGAUCAACGAAUGUUGACAGGGUACGAUGAUUCGAAGUGGGUAGAGAAUCUUAUGGCUGCAAGAAUCAGCUUUCAAGUUG